AUUAGCACCCGUUCUGAGCUGUGAUUGGUCAGAGAUGAAGAGAGAGAGCAGAGGUUUGGGGGGGCGGGGAUGCUGAUGUGAUAAAGAGACAGCAGACAUGAACUUAGAGACACUGAGAGGACAUGGAUCAUCCAACACUGAUGCUGCUGGUGACUCUCUGCAGUUCAGGACUCUGUGCUGAACUCCAUUCAGGUUCAGAGGAAUUCAGGCUGGUGGGAGGAGCCAGCCGCUGCACUGGCAGACUGGAGAGGAAGGUUCUGGAAGAAUGGGAAGAAGAGGUUGAAGACUAUGAUAAUCUGAGCUGGAACUUGGAGCGUGUGGAUGAUGUGUGCAAAUCACUGGACUGUGGAUCUGUGGUGUCUAUGAGGAGAACUGAAACAUCUUCUCGUUUUGAGUUUAUUGUGGAGAUCAUCUGUUCAGACUCCAUCAGGCUGGUGAACCAUCUGUGCUCAGGCAGGCUGGAGGUGAUGCUGAACGGCUCGUGGUCCUCAGUGAAUGAAGAUGACUUUGACCAGCAGGAUGCAGAGGUGGUCUGUAGGGAGCUGGGAUGUGGGCCUCCAUCAGGCCUCCAGGGGGCGCUCUAUGGAGAAACAGAGGCUCCAGAGUGGAGCAGAGAGUUCCUCUGUGAAGGUCAUGAGUCUGCUCUCCUGAAAUGUAGAAGCUCUGUUCAAAAAUAUUCUGGAAAAGCUGCUGGACUCACCUGCUCAGAUUCUGGAAACAUUCGGUUGGUUGGUGGAGACCAUCGUUGUGCUGGAACACUGAAGAUGAAGAACAAAGGAGAAUGGAAACUUGUUGGUGGCUACUAUAUUAACAUGAGGUUUGCAGAGUUUGUAUGUAAACUGAUGGACUGUGGUUCAUUAAUCACAGUCAGAAGAAGAGAACUAACCCCUAGAGAGGCUGUCUGGGGACUGGAUAGUAGCUGUGAUGGAUCUAAUUUAACGGAGUGUAGGAAAUACCUCAGGACUGAGAUGGAUUUUACUGAGAUCACCUGUUCAGACUCCAUCAGGCUGGUGAACGGAGACAAUCAGUGUUCAGGCAGGCUGGAGGUGAAGUCUAACAACUCCUGGUCCAUAGUGUGUGAAGAUGACUUUGACCAGCAGGAUGCAGAGGUGGUCUAUAGGGAGCUGGGAUGUGGGGCUCCUUCAGUCCUCCAGGGGGCGCUCUAUGGAGAAACAGAGGCUCCAGAGUGGAGCAGAGAGUUCCUCUGUGAAGGUCAUGAGUCUGCUCUCCUGAAAUGUAGAAGUUCACAGCUCACAAGAUGGACCUGUCCUCCUGGUAAAGCUGUGGAGAUCACCUGUUCAGAUCCUGAUCAG